GGCGGAUGAUAACACCGCAUGCGGAAUUUCUAAAUUCAACUUUGGAAAGCCACUUCCGUUUUCUUCUCCCUUGAACUCCUUUACUACCAGAUAUCGAGAGAUCGCUACUUCAGAGAUGGCGGACGUUGAGCGAACCAGUCCAGUGGAACCUCAGGCAAAGCACAUCCUGUACUGUGGAGUUUGUACGCUGCCUGCAGAAUACUGUGAAUUCGGCGGAACGGCGAAGAAGUGCGAAGAAUGGCUCAAAGACACGCACCCGGACGCGUACCAACAGCUAUACUCUGAAGAAGCCCUGACAUCCAAAUUAUCCUCACUUUCGGUGUCUGCGCAGGAGCGCGCUGCCAAGGAUGCGGCUAAGAAGGAGGCAAAGGCUGCCGCGGCAGAGGCACGCGAUGCAGAGCGGAAGGCAGCUUCUAAGGUGCAGAUCAAGCGUGUUGAGCGUAACAAGCGCAAGCAUGUCACCGUCAUCACAGGCUUGGAUAUAUACGGCCUGGAGAACAAGAAACUCGCUAAAGAGCUUGGCAAGAAGUUUGCGACUGGUUCUUCCAUGACUCGCUCUGCUGGAGGCACCGAGGAGAUUACAGUUCAGGGUGAUGUCAGUGAAGACGUGAAAGAAUGGUUAUUGGAAAUUUAUGGCAAGGAGAUACCUGAGGCCAAUAUCGAGCUUAUUGAAGACAAGAAAAAGAAGUCUAGCAGCUAAUUCGCUGUCUCGAUGAUCUUAUAUAUAAUGGCAAGUUGAACGCUUAAUGUUCUAAAUCAAAUGCUUGGAUGCAA